ACCACCAAAAUUAAUUAAUUAUACUAACAAUUGAUUCAAUAUAAGGAACCAUCAAUUCGUGGAGACCUUCUACUACAAUGCAACUCAACUUCAAUGUAAUUAACAACACAAUUUCCACCAUGUAUUUUAUAAUACAAAUGUUCUUCUAAUGAGUGUUUUGAAGAUUAUUUAGUAAUUUAAUAUAUAAAUAGCUUCCAACUCCCCUCAAACCCCAUCGAAUACCAAAACACAUUCUAUAACCAUUCUCAUCAUCAUCGUAGUCUUAGAAUAUGGAAAUUGAAGCAAGGAAAGGGGUUGUAGCAAAAAAGCUAUGGAAAAUGGUACGUGUAUUAUUCUUCAUGAUAACAAAAGGCAUAGCCAAGAUACAUCUUAACUUGAUUCUCAAACGUGGAAAACUUGCUGGGAAAGACUUCAUCAACACUCUCAUCAUGAACCGCCAAUUAUAUUAUUCCUCCUUCACUUGUCGCUCCUGCGGCAACGGUAACUCCUUCAUAUCUCCAUUGGAAUUCGAAUUCAGCUGCAGCAACACUCCUCUCCACCACUCUAGCCGCCGCUUCUCGAGGCCGCGUCAGCGAUAUGGAGAUGUUUUCAUCAUGAAUAAUAAUAAUGACAUGAUGUUGAAUAAUGAGAAGGUGGAGGCUGUGAAAAAUUCUUCUUUGGAUACAUUUCCUGGUUUUGGAAAGAACCCUGUUGGGAGACAACUAAGAGUUACUGAUUCGCCUUUUCUGGUCCAAGAUAAAGGGGACAGCAAUCAAGUGGACAUGGCAGCUGAAGAAUUCAUUAACAAUUUCUAUAAACAACUCAAUAGACAAAACAGAUCAAUAGCUACUUAUGAGUCAUGAUACAAUUAAAUAAUUUUCUUAAUUUCCACUUGCAUAGUAAUAAUUUUCUUUGCUAUCAGUUAAGCUUCACACUGAUUGAUCACUUGUCCUUAGUGAUAUCAGGUGGGUAUGUGAUUUAAAUAACUUUGAAGUGGAAGUUACUUUUUAAGUUUAUAAUAAUUUCAUGUGUAGUGAGAUUAAAAAUGAACAUUGUUCUUUAAGCAUAUAUCCGUUACUAUCAUGUUAUGUUAUCUCAUUUAUCGAGGAACCACAUGUUCUAUAUUUGAAUAUAGCUCUGGAUAUGCACUAGGGUGAAAUUUUGUGAGGAUUUUUUUUUGUCAAUUGUAAUACUCUUGCAAAGGAUACUGUCUGUGUGUUCCGUUGCAGAAGUAGAAACGAUCGGAGAAUGGUGGUUGUUGCGGAAGUAGAAACAAAUGGAGAAUGGUGGUUGCAGUGAGUAAUGGUAGAUUUGAGCUUCUGAUAUGGAGGAAGAGGAGCUGACGUGUAAGGUUAACAUUUCAACACUCCAGUCAGUAAAUGAAGGAGAAGAGUGAAUGCAAUUUGAAAUUAAAAUUGUGUACCUAAAUUCUUCGCGUGUAUCCUUUAUAUAGAGGGGGUGGUUAUAAGAAAUGCUAUUUGCUAGGCGUGUGAUGUAGGGAGUCGUGAAAUGCAUCUUGGAUUUGUAUCGCAUGUACUCAUCCUCAUGGUAGUCCUCCUACAUUGCGAGCAAUUCAGAAGAAUGAUAACUCCUUUUAAGUGGUCGGCCGAUGGUAAAUUCAGUCGGCCUGAAACAAUUAUCCCCAAGCCCUUGUCCCCGUAUGAAAGUGCAAGGGUUUGUCGUAUUUGUCUCUUUCGCCGAUGACUUUUUUAGCUUGCUUGGAAAACUAAGAGAAGACGUUUCCCCUUCUUGGUAAUUUGCGCUUUUAAUGCGCCCCGUGGUUUAAA